AAUCUCCUCAUGCUUCAAAGGGAGACCCGUGGCAGAACAUGUGGAUACUCUGUUUUUUGAAUCUUUGAGAAAUUGGAGACUGGAGAGCCAUGGAGUGAAGCGCAAAACAGACUGAUGGCUUCCGUCCCUCUCGGCUGUUCGUUGCCUCUGCGAACACUAUAUUUGUCCUCUCGCCAGCACAAAACCUUUGAUGCCAUAUGUUGCUGUGCUUCUACGGCUUCAACUUCACACAGCCUCAGUAAAAGAGCCAGCACUGAGACCCCAGGAGAAGGCUUAAAGCCAAUCGUUGUGCAUGGCGAUCCGCCCACUUUUGUCACUGCCCCCGGAUGCCGAAUAGUCGCAAUUGGGGAUUUGCAUGGAGAUCUUGCUAAAGCUAGAUGUGCUCUUCAGAUGGCUGGUGUCUUGAGUUCUGAUGGCCGAGACUUAUGGGUUGGUGGACAAACGGUGUUAGUUCAACUUGGAGAUAUACUUGACAGGGGUGAGAAUGAAAUUGCAAUUUUAUCCUUGUUGAAGUCGUUAGAUAUCCAGGCAAAAGCUAAUGGAGGUGCAGUUUUCCAGGUUAAUGGAAAUCACGAAACCAUGAAUGUGGAAGGAGAUUUUAGAUAUGUUGAUUCGGGUGCCUUUGAUGAGUGUGCUGACUUCCUGGAACACUUGGAAAUCUGUAACCAUAACUGGGAAGAAGCAUUUAUUGGUUGGGUUGGUGUAUCUAAAAGAUGGAAAGAAGAGCGUAAGCUGGUACAAAAUCAUUGGGAUCCCUGGAAUGUGGUGAAGCGACAGAAAGGGGUCAUUGCUAGAUCAAUUCUCCUAAGACCAGGAGGUCCAUUGGCAUCUGAAUUGGCACGUCAUGCAGUUGUUCUCAAAGUUAAUGAGUGGGUAUUCUGUCAUGGUGGUCUUCUUCCUCAUCAUGUUGAAUAUGGCAUAGAGAGGAUAAACAGAGAAGUAUCUUAUUGGAUGAAAGGCCUUAGCAUGGAAGAUGAUUAUCCAGAAAUCCCUUUUAUAGCCACCAAGGGCUAUAACAGUGUAGUUUGGAGUCGUUUAUACUCGAGAGACACAGAGGAUCUGCAAGAUUAUCAGAUCAAUCAGAUCCAAUCUAUUCUUCAAGAGACACUUCAAGCAUUGGGUGCCAAGGGAAUGGUGGUAGGACAUACUCCGCAAGCUACAGGAGUAAAUUGUGAGUUCAACUGUAGGAUUUGGCGCAUUGACGUGGGGAUGUCUAGCGGAGUUCUUGAUUCAAGACCCGAGGUUCUAGAAAUAAGAGACGGCAGAGCAAGGGCAAUCAGAAGUAAAAGAGAUGGAUACAGUGAACUCCAAGUAGUUGAUUAUACAUAAACUGCACCAGAGGCUUCCAGGGAGAAUUCAGUGUUCUAUUGGAGCUUCUUUUGCAUUGAAUGUCGACAGCAUCCAGUCUUAACAGAAUGACCUCAAGUUUUGGGCGUUCUGGCCACACACAAUUCCGUUUCAACCUUGAAAAUGACACCGUAAGGAAAAAGACUAGAGGGCUUCAAUCGACUCACGACCGCUGGAGUUCACCUACAGCAGAAACCGUAUGUAUGCAAAAAUUAUAUAUCAUGCUUCCUGAUAGUGGAAUCUUAUAGUUAUCUGUUUCCUUGAUGCACACAUGAAUUAGGUUAUGUGCAUUGUGGCUUGAUCUUUAUCUGAUACUUGGUCUUUGCCUAUGAAGCUUAUAAGCUUGAGCUUCUAAGCUAACACACCGAGAUUGACGAUCUUGGUCUGAAGUAUUGGAUUCAAAUCCCACUAGAAAUCUCUAUAUUUGUGUAAGUUGAUACGAGUUUAUCAUGCGUAGAAUUAUUACACGAUUGUUAAACGUAGUUUAUUAGUUAUUGAUGAGAAUCCUAAUGGAAUGAUGAUCAAAACAACCAAGAGAAGGUGGAACUGCACUGUUGAUAAGAAGGUACGUAUUACUACGAGCAACGAUGUUUCCCCUACAUGUUUUUCGAACUCUCAUCUUGGAACAAAACCACAGAAAAAGCUCUGUACUGUACUAUGGAGGGUGACCAACUCUUAUUAUUUCGACUUUGUAGCUUCAAAACUUUGAUCUUUUUCGAGUUGUAUACGAUUGCCCGUUGUGAUAUUGGAAAUAAGUCUUGAUUUCAACUCAUAA